AUGGCAGGCGGCGGGCACCGGCGCGCCCUGCGGGGCGCCCUCCACCUGCUGCUGCUGGCCGCGCUGCCCCGGGCCGCCCAGGGCAUCGGCCGGGCCGGGGGCGCCGCCGCCUGGACCCAGGAGAAGAAUGAUCACCAACCAGCCACUCUGAAUUCAUCGGCUCUCCGGCUGGUGGCAGAAGGCACCAGGAUUUCUGAAAUGUGGCAAAAUGACUUGCGGCCUUUGCUGAUAGAGCGAUACCCAGGAUCCCCGGGAAGUUACGCGGCUCGCCAGCAUAUCAUGCAGAGAAUUCAGAGACUUCAAGCUGACUGGGUCUUGGAAGUAGACACCUUCUUGAGUCAGACACCUUACGGGUAUCGGUCUUUCUCAAAUAUCGUCAGCACCCUCAAUCCCACGGCGAAACGACACUUGGUACUUGCCUGUCACUACGACUCCAAGUAUUUUCCCCAUUGGGACAACAGGGUGUUUGUGGGAGCCACCGACUCAGCCGUGCCGUGUGCGAUGAUGUUGGAACUAGCUCGUGCCUUAGACAAGCAACUCCUUUCCUUGAAGAACGUUUCAGACUCCAAGCUGGAUCUGUCACUCCAGCUGAUUUUCUUUGACGGGGAAGAGGCGUUUCUUCACUGGUCUCCUCAAGACUCUCUGUACGGGUCCCGGCACUUAGCUGAAAAGAUGGCAUCGACCCCACACCCACCUGGAGCGAGAAACACCAACCAGCUGCAUGGCAUGGAUUUAUUCAUCUUAUUAGAUUUAAUUGGCGCUCCAAAUCCAACAUUUCCCAAUUUUUUCCCAAACUCUGCCCGAUGGUUUGCUAGACUUCAAGCAAUUGAAUAUGAGCUUCACGAAUUAGGUUUGCUCAAGGCUCAUUCUUUGGAGAGGCGGUACUUCCAGAAUCAUGGUAAUGGAAGAGAGAUUCAGGAUGACCAUCUCCCGUUUUUAAGAAGAGGUGUUCCAGUUUUGCAUCUGAUAGCAUCUCCUUUCCCUGAAGUCUGGCAUACGAUGGAUGACAAUGAAGAAAAUUUGGAUGAAGCAACCAUUGACAAUCUAAACAAAAUUAUACAAGUCUUUGUGUUGGAAUAUUUGCAUUUGUAA